AUGUCUAAAUGUGAGCUGAUUGAGUUGAAGGACCUCAGUGUGAAUGAUCCCAUUGAGUUGGCUGCUCCUGCUGCCCGCACAGCUCCACCUGUCAACCCUGCUCCGCCGAGCCCCUUCCAUGCCGUCCGUCUGCUCAGAGAAAGCGUCAGAAUCGAAACACCCCGGUGUCAGAUAGGACAUGCUGGAGUGGGUCAUGACUUCCAGCCCUACAGUCACACCCAUCUUACCUGGUGUGACCUGUGUGGAGAAUUCAUCUGGGGUGUAUACAAGCAAAGUUUACGCUGUGCAAACUGCAGCUACACUUGUCACUACCGCUGCCGACCAUUCAUCCAGCUGAACUGCAGCACAGAUGAAAGUUUGUUAACAGACAAGGAAGAUUUCUCUGUUGAGAGCCUCGAGACAGACACAAAUGUGGACGAACAGAUUGAUUUGGGUAAACAGGAGUUGACGGACUUUGAGAUUCAACAUAAGGUUAAGGAGUAUAAUGCACAGAUCAACAGCAGUCUCUACAUGGUGGUUAAUAAAGAUGGGUCCUACACUGGUUUCAUCAAGGUCCACUUUCAGUUAGUCCGUCCCAUCUCCCUGCCUCCCUCCCAGAGCCUGUGCGCCACACAGGAGGAAGAUCAGCAGGGCAGACAUAUGAAGCGGCGGACAUCCUUCUACCUCCCCAAAGACACUGCCAAGCACCUGCAUAUAAGUUCCCAAACACGUGUACGAGAAGUCAUCGAGGCAUUGCUCAACAAGUUUACGGUGGUGGACAACCCGGCCAAGUUUGCCCUGUUUGAACGUGUUGAGAGACAUAGUCAAGUGUACAUGCGUAAACUGCCUGACGAUGAGUUCCCCCUCUACCUGCGCUUGUGUGCUGGCCCUAGUGAAAAAGUCUUGAGUCUGGUUUUGAAAGAGAAUGAAACAGGGGAAGUAAAUUGGGAUGCAUUCAGUUCUCCUGAGUUGUGCAACUUUCUGCGAAUCCUGAAGCGUGAGGAAGAAGAGCAUGUACGGCAGAUUGUGAAGCGCUACAGUCUUGCGAGAGACACAAUCAAGCAGGCCGUGGCACGGAUCACUACUCCUAGUUGACUUUCAUCGAUUCAAUUGAGCUUCAUAUUUAAACAUGAAGAAGAACAUUCUCCCACUUUGUUGAUUACCAAUAUAUAGGGAAAUGAAAGAGUUCACACAAU